CGGCACUGCUGCUCUCGCGAGAAGCGGCUGCGCAGGGACGACAACGCGGACACGGAAGUGGCGGCGCUGCCGCCGCCGCUGUUGCUGCCUUCGAAGGCGGGGACGGUUGAGAGGGCGAAGGAGCCCCCCGAGGAGGCGCCGCGCGAGGGAGCACAGGAGGUGCUGUGAGAAGCUGAGGUGCCCCCCUCCCAGCCUGCCCCAUGGUGGGGUUUGGGGCCAACCGGAGGGGUGGCCGUCUCCCUUCAUUUCUUUUUGUGGCCUUGCUGCUAGUCAUUGCAGUUCUUGCCUUCAAUUACUGGACUACCUCAUCCCGCCAAACUGUCCUGCAGGAGGAGGUGGCAGAGUUGCAGGGCCAGGCCAAGCGCAACGAUGUUGCCCGUGGGCGCUUGGAGAAGAGGAACUCUGAGCUCUUGCUCCAGGUGGAGUCGCACAAGAAACAGCUGGAGCAGAAGGAAACUGACCACAGCCACCUGAGCAGCCAGCUGCAAGCCAGGGAUGGCCAGAUGAGGAAAUGUGAGGAGAGUAAGAUCAAGCUCCAGAACAACACAUCAUAUCAAAUGGCAGACAUACAACGCUUAAAAGAACAACUUAUAGAGUUACGGCAAGAAUGUAUCCAUCAAGAGGAUCACCUUCAGGAAUACAAGACCAAUAAUACAGAACUUCUGAAGAGGUUGGAGUAUGAAAGUUUUCAGUGUGGACAACAGAUUGCAGAACUGAAAAAACAGCAUGAAGAAAAUAUGAGGAAGUUAGAGGACCAAAUUAUACAAGACCAAAAGACUGCACACAGGAGCCAGACCAUUAAAGACACUGAGGCAGGCCUGAGCAAUAAUCCAGCAAUAUUGAAGACAACCCAAGAAUUGGAUGAAAAGAAUGUAAUUAAGAAUGAAAUGCCUUCAACCAACAAUAUCUCGAAUGGCAAAGCAGAGAAAAUUAAACCAGGAGAUGAUGCAGGCAUGCCUGGGAUAGAAGAGAAUGACCCUGCUAAAGCCGAAGAUACACUCACUGCUUUGAAGAAGCCACUUGUUUCAGUUUCUCAAAAUGAACAUCAACCUGAUGGAAAUCUUCCCACAGAAAAACCCCACGCUCCAAAUCUGGCUCAAGGAGUGAACAGCAACCAUGCUGAUGGGAUGAAGCAGAUCCCUGCACACCCUCUUCAGCACUUGAUUCCUGAUCACUUGCUGGAUAAUCAGAAAGCUGAAAAAGAACUUGUGAAACAGGCUUCAAAGGACAGAAUCAGUGACUUCCAAAGAAUGAAGCAAAGCCGGUUCUUUGAUGAGAAUGAGUCCCCUGUUGAUCCGCAACAUGGCUCUAAACUGGCGGAUUAUAAUGGGGAUGAUGGGAACGUGGGUGAGUAUGAGGCAGACAAGCAGGCUGAGCUGGCCUACAAUGAGGAAGAGGAUGGUGAUGGUGGUGAAGAAGAUGUCCAAGAUGAUGAGGAGAGAGAGCUUCAGAUGGAUCUUGCAGACUAUGGAAAACCACACUUCAAUGAUGUACUUUAAAUUCUAAAUUAGCUCUGUCUGAGGAAUUCUGCAACAGGAAAUUGCAACCAGUUUUUCAAUAUUUACUCUAAAAGACACUGAAAAGAACAAGAGCAAAAUAACGUAAAAUUAACAGUAAGCAAUGAAAGGAAAAGGUAAAAUGUAGCAUAUAUGUAUAUAGUCAUACCUAUUUUGCAAAUGAACAGAACCAGGGAUGGUUUGUUCUUCUACAAGACAAUUAACAGCCUGACCUUAUGUAGAGGUUGAACUGGGCUGUAAGACUGUUCCUUACCUGUAACCUUUGAAAUAAUAACUAACGUUGCAAAAUAACUUAGGUUAACCUGUUUCUGAAAUUAAGCCACUUUGUAAACUGGAGAACUUUGUACAGUUUGUAUCUUACAUAUGAAUUACUCCAUUGCAGAAAUAAGUGUACAGAUGGGACACUCUUUGAUACCACAAUGUAUUUAAUCCAUGCAAGCAAAUUCUUCAUUUCUCUUACUGUUGUGACUUGUAUUUUACAGACUACCAUUUCAUUUUGAGAAAGUUGACAGAAAAUGUUUGUGUUUUAUGAAGGAACUUUCCUUAAUAUAGCUAAGGAAGGCCUGUGUGAUACCUACUAUGUUAAUCCUAUGUGAGACAAUGUUGUUAACUCUAGGAGAGUGACUAAAGUUAUCCAUAGUAAAAACGCAACAACAGUGUAGUAAUUUUAUAGGAUACUUGCCAGAGUUUAAAUCAGCAAACCUACAACCAAUAUUUCUAGCACAUAAGAGCUAUAUUUUAUUUGCCUUUGUUUUUAUAGCAGCGAUUUUGAUCUUAUGCAAUAAUAGCCAAAUGUAUUGGAGAGUGGCUCAAAGUGCAACCUUGUUGGUUUCUACAUGCAUUCCUGUUUGAACCCCUGAUGUGUUUGAGUAUUGGAUCAUGCUCAGUUUUGUUUCAACUUCAGUGCUAUAGUAUGGAUCACUUAAAACACUGGGCAUGUUCUAUGUUCUUGUGGUUGUGUAUUGUCUUUUUGUGUGUGUAAGAUGUCUUAUUUUGUUUUGAUGUUUAAGCACUUUCUGAAGUUCACAGAAAUGGUUAUGCCCAUCUCUAUCCUGACAGCAAUGAGUUCUUAACCCUAGUUAUCAACAAGGGCUACUGUGAAUAAAAAAAAAUUAAGUCCUGUGACAGGGUUGAUUGUACUUCACUAUUUCUGCUGUACUCAGGUUAAUGGUCUCUUUGGUAAGUUAAAGUUCAUUUGCGGUAAUUUAAUGAUUUGCAUUGAAUAAAAAGGAGAGAUCUGUUUAAAUCUUCCCUUAGAAUAGUGUUUAUUUUGGGCAAGAAAAAUGGAAGCUUGUGCUUGGGCACCUCUUUUAAGGCUGCUUCUCAAGGAUCCACAUACAGACACCUGAAGUAUAAAGGUUUUAUUUCCAACUUGUAAAAUGCACAAGGAUGAACCUGUUUAGAGUAGUUCCCCACCCCAAGUCUUCAGUGUUGUACUUUGUGAAUUAACCAAAAUGUGUCUGCCCUAAACUAGGUGUAAUUUCAUUAAGACUUUUCUGUUUAAACCCAGAAUUUAAUAGGUUCUAAUAAAACUUAAUACAGUUUUA